AUGUAUGCCUCGAGGGAUUUCCAUCCCCACCACAGGGCCAGCCACUCGCACGGUCAAUUGCGAAAUGUGCUCGCGGCGCGAAGUAGAAACGAUGUCUUCUAUGCAUCCAAGAGCAGAGUCAUGCACACUUCACUGAGCUGUCCCGCGUAUACCGAUGUCGUUCUGAAUUUCAGCGGUGCAUCGACGAAUCCAAACCAAGCUGGAGACACUCAUGUCACCACCAUUGCCGUUUCACCUGCCACAGACUUUGAUGGAUAUUGUUCGGACGCUGUACUAGUCACUGGUGGACUGGAGGGUGAGUAUUCUCUACUCAACCUCAAUUCGACACUAGGCGAUCGUCCCAUUGAAGGCUUUGUGACCGUCGCCGAGCAGAAGGAAACCACCCACGUCCAUGUUCUCACCCACCGCCGCACGGGUGCUCUGGGCGCUGCCUUUUGCUCUAACGACAGCAAAGUCCGGAUACUCGAUGUGGGUACUAACUCCUGGUCCGCCGAGUUCGCAUACGAGCACCAAAUCAACUGUGCUGCAACAUCACCAGACGGUCGACUCAGAAUGAUCGUUGGUGAUACCUGCGAAUCACUCAUCACUGAUGCCGAAAGGGGAAAUGUGCUGUUUAGCAUGCGACAGCAUACAGGCUACGGAUUUGCAUGUGCUUGGGCUGCUGAUGGCUGGCAUGUGGCAACGGGCAGUGAGGACGGCAAGGUGGUUGUAUACGAUGCUCGGAGAUGGGACAUGCCAUUGGCAGCUCUUGCAUGCGAGAUGAGCUGUGCUAGAUCGCUGCAUUUCACCACUUCGCAUCGUGGAGGUGCAUCGUUGGUCGUGGCCGAGUCUGAUGACAUUGUCAGUGUGUAUGAUGCGAUGGAUUGGCAUGAGAAGCAGACGAUCGACUUCUUUGGUUCGGUGGUCGGAGCAGCAUCAGUCGAAGAUGGACAAGAGUUGAUCGUUGCCAAUGGUGACCAGACGGUCGGCGGGUUGAUGGUGUUCGAGAGGAGGCCCUACAUACCCGAUGAGCUGGAUGAUUUUGACCAUUCCACAGGAGUCCAUUAUCCGAGUGGGCAAGGACUGAAUUUUGACGAUUUGAUGUUGUAA